UUACCUGUCAAUCCAAAAAUCAAAAUGGAAUUGGAUAUAAGAGGUAAUCCACUAAAUCGAGUAAAUAGGUUAUCACAAUGGAUUAAUUUGAGUCACUUGGCAAUUCCUGAUAGAAUAUUAUAUAAUAACAGCAAAGAUUUUCGAAAAUUGCUUAACCUCAAAGUAAUUACAAUAGGAAGAUGUGUACAUGCUCCUAUGGAAGAAUUUGAUAAGUUAGUUGAUAAAUUUCCAAACUUCAAAUUGACUUUCGUUGAAAGACCAAAGAUAUCACAUAGGUGGGAUUUUAGGGAAAUACUUAAUAUUGUUAAUAUUGUUAAUACUGUUAAUACUGUUAAUACUGUUAAUACUGUUGAGCGAAGAUUGAGGAUAUUUGAUUCAAUAGUGGAAAUUGAUAAAGAAGAAAGUUUUUCCAACUAUAAAGAAUAUCACAAAAUAUUUAUGAUGGUUUAUGGAAUAACAAAAGUUGCAAGUGAAUUAUCAAGAAUAACUAAACCAUACAUUGUUCAAGGUUAUCCACCAUUAUUAGCUAAUAGUAACUUGGUUUAG